UCUAAACUAACACAUUCUCUAAAUCAUUGAGUAGAGAGCACUCCCCAUAGUCCCAUACCAACCAACCACCCACCAAACCAUUCUUUCAGUCACUAACAAGCCAUCAUCACCAUGUCCACAAAGGACUGUGGCCACCACGACGAGGGCCGCCAGAUCCUCCGCCGCAUCCUCGCCGCCGUGGUAGCCUUCAUCUUCCUCAUCCUCCUCAUCAUUUUCCUAAUAUGGAUCAUCCUCAGACCCACCAAACCCCGGUUCAUGCUCCAAGACGCAACCGUCUUCGCCUUCAACCUCUCAACUCAACAACACACUCCUCCUCUUUUAACUCCCACACCAAACACUCUCACACUGACCCUCCAAGUCACGCUCUCUUCCCACAACCCCAACGCGCGCAUCGGCGUCUACUACCACGCGCUCCACGUCCACGCCUCCUACCGGAGCCAACAGAUCUCUCUCCCCACCGCCCUCCCCAACACCUACCAGGGCCACAAGGACUACGCCAUCUGGUCGCCGUUUCUCUACGGCGCUGCCGUGCCGGUGUCGCCGUACACGCUCAACUCGCUGCAGCAGGACCAGGACGCCGGCGUGGUUUUGGUCAACGUUAAGGUCAACGGGAAGGUGAAGUGGAAGGUCGGGACCUGGAUCUCCGGGAAGUACCACAUCGACGUGAGCUGUCCUGCGUAUUUCAGGUUCGCCGGAGAUCACGGCGGUGGGAACGUCGGAGUUGUUGCUCCGGCGGUGAAGCUUCAGCUAUUGCAGAGUUGCAGUGUUGAUGUUUAGUGAUUGUGAACUAGUGUAAGCGUUAACUAUAUUCGUACAUUUUAUCUCCAUUUCAUGCACUUCUUUUCUUUCUUUUUUUUUUAUUUCCAUUUUUUUCAUAUUAUUAUCAAUUUCAAGCUUAUUCACUGUUCUAAGAGAUUUAAUUAGCAUCUACAUAUAGAAUUCACGAUUUGAAAUCUUA